AUGAAUGAUAGAUGCAAUUGUAAAACAACUGUAAAAGAUAUAAUGAAGUGUGCUUCCAUCAGUGAACAAGAAAGGCAGCAAGUUUUCAAGUCAUUUUGGGCUACGGCAUGGGGUGAAAAGAAAGUGUUUAUAGAUAAUCAAGUUAAAUUCGUGCCAACUCAAAGGCACCGAAACCGAAAAAAAGAAAAUGAAACCAAAAGAGGACAAUCCUUGCAAUAUUUUUUGAGAGUUCAAGAAAAAAGUCAUAGGAUGUGCAGGACCAUGUUCUUUAAUACUGUUGGAAUUGGACGGUGGACAAUUCUUCGUUGGAAAAGUUCUUUUGGAACAUGGCAAAAGUCAUCUAGUAAAAAUCAAGUUUUUAAAGAUCAACGUAUAAUAUAUGCCUAA